AAACCAAGUGAAUGAACCAUAAACAAUCACAAAAUAUCUAUAACAAGCGCCAAAGAUCCACAAUUAACAUAUAUUAUACUAGCCAUGGCUUCUUUCAUCAAGUCUUUUGUGUGUCUGACCUCCCAAGCUGCUCUGCUGCUAUUGCUGGUUGCACUGAUGGUGCAAACUCAGAGUGGUGCCCAAAGGCGGAGUUGCUCCUCCGAGCUUUCGAACCUAAAUGUAUGUGCACCAUUUGUGGUGCCUGGAAACAAUGGCAACCCAAGCUCUGAAUGCUGUGGUGCACUGCAAUCAGUUGAACAUGACUGUCUCUGCAGCACUCUCCGGAUUGCUUCCCAACUUCCCUCCCGCUGCAAUAUCCCUUCUGCCUCUUGUGAUACAGACUGAUGCAUCAUCAACUGUGAUGUGGUACUGCUCGCCAAAUAACGCUGAAGUUGUGUCAUUUUGUUUGCUAGUUUACUUUUCAUUUUCUUUUUCUUUUUCCUUUUGAGUCGGAUGCUCUCUAAUCAGCGUGCAAUGAGAGCUUAAAGUUACAGACCAAUAAUAAGGAUAUGUAAUUGUCCUUGAUGAGGAAUAUAGUAUGAGCAGUUUCUAAUGAUA